AUGCCUUCGACAGAGAGAUUCUCUGCAGCUGCCUACGCCGAUGACGGCAAACACCACAUUCUUCUCGCAGCCAGCGGUUCAGUCGCAACAAUCAAGAUACCCCAGAUCGCAGCAGCCCUCUCGCGCCACGGGAACGUGUCCAUCCGCAUCGUCCUCACCCAUGCCGCCGAACAAUUCCUGCAAGGCCAGUCGCACGAACAACCACAGCUUAAGUCCCUACUAGAUCUACCGAAUAUCGACGGCAUACACCAUGAUGACGAGGAAUGGUCUAAGCCGUGGGUGCGCGGUGACAAGAUUCUACAUAUCGAACUGAGACGGUGGGCGCAUGUCCUCCUGGUGGCCCCCCUCUCCGCCAACUCUCUGGCGAAAAUGGUCAACGGAAUCAGCGAUGGUCUCUUACUCAGCGUCAUCCGGGCUUGGGAUACUACUGGACUCGUGGACAUGCGCAAAAAGAGGAUCUUCGUCGCGCCGGCCAUGAACACGGCUAUGUGGAGACACCCGAUCACCAGGAAACAGAUCAAAGUCCUCGAACAGGAGUGGGGGGUUGGCGACGAGGGAUGGAUCACGGUCUUGCGGCCUAUGGAGAAAGAGCUGGCUUGCGGAGAUGUGGGAGAUGGAGCCAUGAUGGAUUGGAAACUGAUUGUCGAAUACAUCGAGGUUCAUUUGGGGCUUGAUUCACAAGACGUUCCGGCGACGGUGCAGAAGACACCAGCCACGUUGAACGGAGGAGAGUGA